CGAAAUGAUAAUUCCGUUAAAAAAACGACCUUUUAGUCAUGAUUAAAAGGGGUAAAAGACGACGAGGGUUCGAUUCCUUCAAACUAAAUGCUCUGUGUUUAGGGUUCUUCGGAUCAUGAGCCCUGUGCGCUAUGGCGAUCGUCAGGGUCGUGGGCGUGGUAGGCGCAGGGCAAAUGGGGGCUGGAAUCGCGCAGCUCGCGGCCGCCGCGCAGAUGGCCGUGGUGAUGGCGGACUCCGACGGCGCGGCUCUGACGAGGGGCUUGCAGAGCAUUUCCUCGUCGCUGGCGAGAUUCGUGAAGAAGGGCGUCAUCUCGGAGGAUGAAGCGAAUGCGACUCUGGCGCGCGUGUCGACGACCACUUCUCUGGCUGACAUGAGCUCGGCGGAUGUGGUGAUCGAGGCUGUCUCCGAGCGAGAGAAUGUGAAGAAGGGGAUUUUCUCGGAGCUGGAUAGGCUGCUCAAGCCGUCGGCGAUCCUGGCGUCAAACACGAGCUCCAUCUCGAUCACAAGGCUGGCUGCCUCUACGCAACGUCCUCAGCAAGUGAUUGGCAUGCAUUUCAUGAACCCGCCGCCAUUGAUGAAGCUCGUGGAGAUCGUCCGGGGCCUGGCAACCGCGGACGAAGUUUUUGAGCAGACCAAGGAGCUCGCGGAGAGAUUCGGCAAGACGGUGGUGAGCUCCCGCGACUUCCCGGGCUUCGUCGUCAACCGGAUCCUCAUGCCGAUGAUCAACGAGGCGUUCUACGCGCUGCUCGAGGGCGUGAGCAGCGCGGAGGAGAUCGACACGGCCAUGAAGCUCGGGACGAACCAGCCCAUGGGGCCGCUGGCGCUCGCGGAUUUCAUCGGCCUCGACACUUGCUUGUCGAUCAUGGGCGUCCUCCACGCCGGCCUGGGCGACGCCAAGUACCGCCCCUGCCCGCUGCUCGCCCAGUACGUGGACGCUGGCUGGCUGGGGCGCAAAUCCGGCCGGGGAGUCUACCACUACCUCUCCAAAAUGUAAAGAUGAAGCGUUUCUAUCGAAGAACCCUAAACUCCUAAACCCCAAAAUUUAAAUUUAAAAAGAUCAGAUGGCAUA